AUGCAAAACCUCAAGAUUGCCAUCAUUGGAGCUGGCCCAGCAGGCUGCACUCUUGCCCGGCUCCUUCAUCUUGGAGGCAUUCAAGCUACCGUAUUCGAAGGCGAGGCCUCUGCCAAUGUCCGAUCUCAAGGAGGAACCCUGGACUUGCACACUACCUCCGGUCUAGCUGCCGUCAAAGAAGCUGGCCUAUGGGACAUCUUCCUAUCGCAUGCGCGCUACGAUGGUCAAUACAUGGCUAUCGUGGACAAGGCCCUUUACUAUUACGUCGUCCGAGGUGCUGACCCUGAGUCAAACAUCGCUUUUGGCGAACGCCCGGAGAUUGAUCGUGUGAAGCUCAGAGAAAUCCUGCUCGACUCUCUGCCUGAAGGAACCGUCAAAUGGGGACACCGCCUGCAGAAGGUUGAGGGCAGCACCUUGACCUUUACUAAUGGAACUACUGCCAGCUUCGACCUUGUUGUCGGUGCCGAUGGUGCAUUCAGCAAGGUCCGCCUUUCCAUUGCACCAGAGCUGAUGCCAGAGUACACCAGAGUGGCAAUGCACGACAUCUCCAUCCCUGACGCCGAAAAGACUGCCCCUGAGACUUACAAAAUCGUCAACCGUGGGAGUAUUUUUGCCAGUGCGGACGGUCAGCGAUUCACCCUCCAGCAAAUGGGCGAUGGCAGCAUUUCCAUGGGCUUUAGUUUUGUGCGUGAGGAUCCAGACUGGAUGAAGGCCGACAAGUGUGGCUACGAUUCCGAAAAUCUUGUCGAGGUGAAGAAGGCGUUGGCGAAAGAGCUGGAGCAUUGGGGUCCCCAGUUCCAUCAAGCACUCGACGCUGCCCAGGGGCGAACAACGACCAGGUCACUGUGGCGACUACCUAUUGGACAGAAGUGGCAGCACAAAUCCGGCGUCACUCUUAUUGGUGAUGCGGCUCAUUUGAUGACGCCUCAUGCUGGCGAGGGCGUGAAUCAAGCCCUCGAGGAUGCCAUGUUGCUUGCUCGAGUGAUCCUCAAAGCUCAGAGUACCGAAGAGCUCGACGAACGGAUUCGUGGAUUUGAGUCCGACAUGAUAGCUCGUGUCAAGCCGAUUCAGGAGCUGGCUUGGAAUCGCUGCCAGGGGCUCAUGUUCACCGAGGGCGUGCCAAAGUCUCUUGUCGACAGGGAGAUGCGGCGUCGGAAGCAGCAAAUGGCCGAGGGCAAGACGGCAGAGGAGCUCAAGGCAAUGGAGGAAGCCAUUGCCAAAGCUCAGGCAGAGGCUGAUGCUAUGAACCGAACCUGA